CUCGGCUUAAUGCAAGCUGUGGACGCUGCCUCGUCUGGGGUUACAAGUACAGAGGCAUACUUCAAUGGUUCAGCCUACCUGCGUUUGCUCACGCCGAUGCCGAUUUGGGAUCAUUCGGCCAUAAGUUUUCGUUCCUGUCGAGGCGGCGAAAUUUUAGCUCAACAAUAUAAUAAGAAUUCAUUCGUCAUCACGGUGCUGAAUGAUUUUCUGCAAGUCUCAUUAGCCGGUCCGGCGGUGAUUGGCCCCAACAACCGUUUAGAUGUUAAGCUGCCAUACCAUUUGCUCGAUAAUCAUUGGCACACGCUGCAGUUCAAGUACGAAUAUGGUAAUCUUUAUUUGUACAUCGAUCGCACGUCGAUGGUGUUUGCCAAUUCCACAUAUAACAGCCAGUUCCUGACCAAUCAAGAUAUUGGCAAUGAGGCGGCAAUUUUAAUAUUAGGCAAUUCAUUUAGCGGUUGUCUACAAGAUGGACCUGGUCUACUUUUCAUUAAUGGUUCCGUGCAAAAUGUCGUCUACGGACCUUGUCCGCUAAGUACUGGGCCGUGUGGUGAUCACGAUACGUUACUGCCCGGACAGGAUAACUAUUGCUCAAAUAAUCCGUGCAUGAGUCAUGGACAAUGCAUACCCUUAAACGAUGGUUACGAGUGUCGUUGUACGGCACGCUAUACGGGCAAGAACUGCCAGAUCGACAAUGGUUCACCGUGUGCGCGUAGCCCCUGCGCGUAUGGCGGUAAUUGCACGGAAGAUGCACGCGGUGAUUAUCAGUGCAAGUGCACACCAAACUACACCGGCCGUAAUUGCGAAACGGAAAUCAAUGUACACCCGCUAUGCCAAUCGAAUCCAUGCCAGAAUAAUGGCGCUUGCAUUGUGGCACCUGGCACAACGAAAAUCGAAUGUGAAUGUGCUAAGGGGUAUGCGGGCGCGCGUUGUGAAAAUGAUGUGGACGAUUGUGCGUCGCAGCCGUGUCUGAAUAAUGGUCGUUGCUUGGAUUUGGUGAAUGGUUUCACUUGCGAUUGCCGCGACACUGGCUUCACAGGCCAAAUCUGUCAGACUAACAUCGACGAAUGCGAGGGUAAUCCUUGUAAGCAUGGUGGCCGCUGUUACGAUCGUUAUGGUUGGUUCAUCUGUCAGUGUCCAGAUGGUUGGGCUGGUGAGACUUGCGAGGAGCCAACGAACUGUAAGACGCAACAGUGUCUUAACGGUGGCACUUGUGUGAAUAAAACCAUUGGCUUCUAUUGUCAGUGUGCACCAGGCUAUAGCGGUGAACUGUGCCAGCAGAGUCCACCGUGUCCGCAGUGUCCUAUCGAUUCGGAGUGCAUUGGUGGGAAGUGCAUAUGUAAGCCAGGCACGACGGGCCCCAUUGGCCAUUGCCUACCAAUACCGACUACACAACCACCACGACCACCAAAAACAACUGCACCACCAAAAUUGGUGGCUAAUCAUGCAGCUACAACACUAACAACAGCGCCCACGACGGCAGCAGCACCAGCAGCAGCAGAAGCAGCAGCGGCGGCAACAGCGGCGGCGUCAGGAUCAACAACAACUGCUACUGCUGGACAAUUGACAGCAACUGCAGCUACUAGCGCUACGGGCAUAACAACAAUGACAACAUUGACAACAGAUAGUAAAAUUGCCGCAAUGGCUAUAACAACAAAACCAACAGCUAAAACAACAAAUAGUCCGCUAAUAACACACUCGGCUCAGUUGAAAGCAUGCCCCCCCGAAAAUUGCUUGAAUGGUGGUACUUGUAGUGGGAGUGCUUCAAAUUUUACUUGUUUAUGUGCUAGUGGAUACACAGGUUACAAUUGCGAACUACCCGCCACAGAUGGUCCGACAAGUGUGCCACUGACCGCCGGUGGAUCCGCCGCGGGCAUUAACCCCAUCGGCAGCGUUGUUAAUUGCAUUAAUGGCGGCAAGUGUUUGAAUGGCGGCACCUGUUCAAUGAAUGGCACACAUUGUUAUUGUGCCGGCGGCUUUUCGGGUGAUCGCUGUGAGAAGGCUGAACCUUGUACGGCCGUUAAUUGUCAAGAGCCAAUGGUAUGCCAGCUGAACAAGUGUGUUUGUCCCGAGAAUAAGAUCUGUGCAGCAUGUUCGGCACAACCGUGUCGCAAUGGCGGUGUUUGUACAGACUUGGCCAAUGGCGAGUACACUUGCAGUUGUACAUCCGGUUGGACGGGACGCACGUGCACCAAAGAUGUCGAUGAGUGUGCUUUGGAUCCGAAUAUUUGUGGCAAUGGUAUUUGCAAGAAUGAGGAGGGAUCGUACAAGUGCUAUUGUACGCCUGGCUUUACGGGUAAACAUUGUGAUUCCGAUGUGGAUGAGUGUUUAAGUCAUCCCUGUCAGAAUGGUGCCACAUGCAAUAAUAAGAUCAACGCCUACGAAUGCGUUUGCCAACCCGGUUACACGGGCAUCAAUUGCGAAAUCGAUAUUAACGAAUGUGAUAGUAAUCCCUGCACUGCCGGUUCCACUUGCAACGAUAUGAUCAACAACUUCACAUGCUCCUGUAUACCGGGCAUGACAGGACGGUUCUGUGAAAACGAUAUUGACGAUUGUAUAUCGGCGCCAUGUCAACACGGCGGACACUGUAUUGACGAAUUGGGCGGUUUUCAUUGUGAUUGCGCCAAUACCGGCUACGAAGGUCAAUUCUGUGAGCUGAAUAUCGAUGAAUGUGAGUCACAGCCUUGUGUAAAUGGUGCUGCUUGUAUAGACGAUAUAAAUGAUUACCGUUGCAAAUGUCAUCCGGGUUAUAUGGGUAAAAAUUGUGAAAUUGAUAUUAAUGAAUGCGAGAGUAAUCCUUGCCUGUACAAUGGCAACUGUUUGGAGCGCUCCAAUAUAACAUUGUACACAUUGAGUCAGAAGAUGGACUUGCCGGAGUUCUUUAGUCGACAGUUCGCCUAUGAGAAUGCGAGUGGGUAUGAAUGUGUCUGCGUACCGGGCAUUAUGGGCAAAAAUUGUGAGAUCAAUAUUAAUGAGUGUGAAACCAAUCCGUGUGGCAAACAUGGCACUUGUAACGAUGGUAUCGGCACUUAUACCUGUGAAUGUGAUCCCGGCUUCGAAGAUCGGCAUUGUGAGACCAAUAUCGAUGAGUGUGACAGAUAUCAACCCUGCGGCGCGCAUGGCACCUGCAUUGAUGAGAUCAACGAUUAUACAUGCGAUUGUGAUGCCAAUUAUGGCGGCAAGAAUUGCUCUGUGCCAUUGAUCGGUUGCUCGAGUGCUCCUUGCCAAAAUGGUGGCAACUGUAAACCGUAUUUGGUAAACGAAACCGAACAUUUAUUCAACUGCACUUGUCAACAUGGCUUCCAGGGUGAUAUUUGUGAGAAGACCACAACAAUUUCAAUGGUUGUUAGCAGUUUGAUUACGGUGAAGACUCAACGUGAGGAGGGUUACGAUAUAAAUUUGCAAUUUAAAACCACCUUACCGAAUGGUGUACUCGCUUUUGGCACCUCAAUUGGACAUAAUGAACCCGUCAGUUAUAUAUUGGAGUUGAUUAAUGGCCGUCUCAAUUUGCACUCUUCGCUGUUGAAUAAAUGGGAGGGUGUUUUCAUCGGUUCCAAAUUGAAUGAUAGCAAUUGGCAUAAAGUAUUCGUUGCAAUCAAUACUUCACAUUUGGUACUCUCUGCCAAUGAUGAACAGGCCAUUUUUCCGGUGGGCUCAUAUGAGACAGCAAACGGUAGUCAGCCUUCAUUUCCGCUCACAUAUUUGGGUGGAACAAUACCGAAUUUGAAAUCAUACCUACGUCAUCUACCCCAUCGCCCAUCGAGUUUCGUCGGUUGCAUGCAAGAUAUUGUAGUCAAUGGUAAAUGGAUCUUCCCCGAAGAGCAAGGCAACGAGACGGAUACGAAAUUGACGAAUAUACGGGCGGGUUGUCCACGUAGCGAACAAUGUAUACCGAAUCCUUGUCAUUCGAAUGGCGCUUGCACGGAUUUGUGGCAUACAUUUUCCUGUACCUGCCAGCGGCCACAUUUUGGCAACACUUGCAAAUACAACAUAACUGCCGCCACUUUUGGCCACGAAAACACCACACAUUCCGCUGUAUUCGUUGAAGCGAACGAUGCGGCUCGCCGUGCCAUUCGCUCCAUACUUGACAUCUCCAUGUUUAUACGCACGCGCGAGGCAACUGGUCAGGUCUUCUAUCUGGGCAGUGAUCCAAAGAAGAUCUCAACAAAGGGAGCGAAGCGUUUUAAAACCAAAAAUCUCUUUCUUAAAGCUGAUACCGGCGAAUCGUAUGUAGCUGCCGAGCUGCAUGGCGGCGAACUAUUGGUAAAAAUGCAAUUUAACGGCACACCGGAGGCCUACACUGUCGGCGGCAAUAAACUAGAUAAUGGCUAUAAUCAUCUCAUUGAAGUUGUACGCAAUCAGACUCUAGUUCAGGUCAAGCUCAACGGUACAGAAUACUUCCGCAAAACGCUGUCUUCCACUGGUUUGCUCGAUGCGCAGGUACUCUUUUUGGGUGGACCACCAGUUGGUGAACAAACUCAAGCGCCCACCACAACUGGCACAGAUCUUACACCAUCCGCGCCUGAAGAGAACGUUAUUAAUAAUGAGAUUGAUGAAAAAGACUACUUCAAAGGUAUCAUACAGGAUGUGAAAGUAAGCAACGGCUCCCAUACCAUGAUUGUCGAGUUAUAUCCAUUGAAUGUAGAUGAGCCGUUGCCGCCACCUUUCGGUGUGGUCACAAUCGAUCGUACAUCGGUGCUACAGGGCGAGGUAACCGACGAUUUAUGCCGCAAGAAUCCUUGUAAACACAAUGCGGAUUGCCGUAAUACCUGGAAUGAUUAUGUAUGCACUUGUCCGAAUGGCUAUAAGGGCAAGAAUUGUCAAGAGAUCGAAUUCUGUCAGUUGGUCACAUGCCCGGGUAAUAGUAAAUGUCAGAACCUCGACGAUGGUUACGAGUGCUUGACAAACAUCACAUUCCGAGGCAAUGAAAAGAAUCCUUUGGCGUUCACAUACUUUGUGGAGCAAUUGCCCGACGAACCGAAAAUGUUGGUAAAGCCGGUAAUUGAGAUCGCGUAUCGAACACGCACUGGUGGUACACUGUUUUUCAUCGAAAAUGGUGAGAUCUUUUUUGAAAUCGGCGUAAAUCAAGGACAAGUAACCGUUACAUGGAAGCUGAGCCCAGAAGCAUUCGGCGAUACCAAGCGUUUCACAAAGGAUACAUCUGACCCCAGCUAUGUGGAUGCAAAUGAACCAGGCUGGAAUCGUAUUUACUUACGCGCUCAAGGCGGUAAACUGGAAGGUGGCUGGAAGGGUUGGGAGAGCAUGGUAGAUCCAUCACCAGCUUUCUCUGCAGACAUAGAACAACAAGCAUUCCAAGAAUUACUGUCCAGUGACACACAAAUCUAUCUUGGUGGCAUGCCCACUGAUAGCCGGCAGGCACGUGGCAGUACCUCAGCUCAACAAGGCUCACAAUUCAAGGGCUGUUUGGGGGAGGCACGCGUUGGUGACCUACUACUGCCAUACUUCUCCAAUGCUGAAAUGUAUCCGCGCACCGAGAACGUUUCCGUGCAGCCACAUUCACAAUUCCAUUUGAACUCAAGCAAACCGGAUGAGGGUUGUGUGCUCUGCUUCAAUACAGACUGCAGAAAUGGUGGCUAUUGCAGCUCACCAUCGGAGCAGUAUGCCUGUACGUGUCUGCCCGGUUAUGAGGGGGAAGAUUGCGGCACUGAUAUCAAUGAAUGCUUGAACGCGACUUGCGAGAACAAUUCCACAUGCAUAGACAAGGUGGCUGACUUCCAAUGUCGCUGUUUGCCAGGCUAUGAUGGACGUUAUUGUGAACAUAAUAUAGAUGAGUGCGCUUCCCAACCUUGCCAUAAUGGUGGCAAUUGUACGGAUUUAAUAGCCGCCUUCCAUUGUGACUGUACGGAGGACUAUGCGGGCGUUCAGUGUGAUAUGCUGAAGCAGGUGACAUGCGAGAAUUUGCCAUGCCGUAAUGGAUCGACAUGCGAGGAUGGAUUUAAUGCCACCACCAAUAAUAAUUUCACUUGCCACUGCAUGACCGGUUUCGAAGGACCCUACUGCGAUGUGCCCUUCUGUGAGACAACACCCUGCCAGAAUGGAGGUCUUUGCAUACUCGUCGAUGCUUAUACGCCACUAUGCCAAUGCAGUUUGGGCUACACGGGACGCUUAUGUGAAAAAGAAAUCAAUGAAUGCUUGCCAAAUCCAUGUCUCAAUAAUGGCGAUUGUCACGAUCUAAUCGGCGGCUAUGAAUGCAAUUGCACGAACACCGGCUUCGAGGGCAAUAAUUGCGAUAUCGAUAUCGAUGAGUGUACAUCGGACAUGGAGUAUUGUGGCGGUCUGGGACGUUGUAUCAAUAUGCCCGGCUCAUUUAAAUGCAUCUGUCAGGACUCUUUUUGUGGUGCCUACUGUAACUUAACCGAUCCUUGUAAGAACGGCAUUGGUUCACCGUGCAUGAACGGUGGCACCUGUUCCGAGUCGUGUGGCGAUGAGGCUGACUACAUAUGCACUUGCAAGGCAGGUUAUGAGGGCAAGGAUUGUACAGUGGUGAUGGCCGCCAAAGAUGACGGUCCCUCUACAGCCGACAUCGCCAUCAUUGUGAUACCCGUAAUAGUGGUGCUAUUGCUUAUUGGCGCAGCGCUGCUGGGCACCUUCUUGGUGAUGGCACGCAAUAAGCGCGCGACACGCGGCACCUACAGUCCCAGUGCGCAGGAAUACUGCAAUCCGCGCUUGGAAAUGGAUAAUGUGCUAAAACCGCCACCAGAAGAGCGGCUUAUAUAGUUUGUGCAUGGGUGUAUUGCUAUAAUUUUCAAUUUAGUUAAUGUUGACUAG